GUAUUGCAAAUGUGCGACGGAAUUGUUUCAGCGUUGAUUUUUCUUUCGCUGCUCUCAUUGCAUAAACUAACGUAAAAUAUCCCUCAACAAAUCUAAUGUGAUGAAAUGUAGCUGAGAAUUCUGAUUCAUAACGCGUUCUUCGGAAGAAAAAUUUUAAUAUUUGCUGAACUGACGGUUGUGUUAUUUGAUAAUCAGCAAAGGGAAAGAUAACGUGGAAACGUUGCACGAUCCAUUUUGACUGGUAUUGGUAAUUUAUUGCAGUAAAUACCACAACGGUGCUCACAUUUAAAGAUACGUUUUGUUCACUUUUAGAUUUGUGUGGAUAUCAUAUCAUAUGAAUGAGAUAACUUUUAGGGUUUUUCCAAUCCAUCACUUCUAUUCUUAAAAUAAAAUAAUUGUCGCAAGUGCCCAAAAUCAAGAUUUUCUUUUCGCAAUGGGAAAGAAAAAGGCCCAUAUCAACAUCGUCAUCAUUGGACAUGUCGAUUCUGGCAAGUCGACCACCGCCGGUCAUCUAAUCUACAAAUGUGGAGGCAUCGAUAGGCAAACGAUAGAAAAUUUAGAAAAGGAAGCCCAACAGAUGGGCAAAGGUUCCUUCAAAUACGCUUGGGUACUGGACAAACUAAAAGCCGAACAUGAACGUGGAAUCACCAUCGAUGUCGCUCUGUGGAAGUUUGAAACCGCCAAAUUCUACGUUACCAUUAUUGAUGCACCAGGACAUCGUGAUUUCAUUAGGAACAUGAUAACCGGAACGUCCAAGGCUGAUUGUGCUGUGCUCAUCGUUGCUGCUGCUGUCGGUGAAUUUGAGACUGGCAUCUCCAAAGGUGGACAGACUCGUGAGCAUAUUUCGCUCGCUUUCACUUUAGGUGUCAAACAGCUGAUUGUCGGUAUCAAUAAAAUGGACUUGACCGAACCGCAAUAUAGUGAACUUCGCUUCGAGGAAAUCAAAAGGGAACUUUCUUUCCUCAUCAAGCAGGUCGGCUACGACCCAGCAACAGUGGCUGUCAUUCCAAUUUCCGGGUGGCAUGGAGAAAAUUUGUGGGAACCAUCCGCAAAAAUGCCUUGGUUCAAGGGAUGGGCGAUCGAGCGUAAGGAAGGCAAGGCAGAAGGUAAGAGCCUAAUUGAAGCUUUGGAUGCUAGCGUGCCUCCAAGUCGUCCAACAGAUAGACCUCUGCGUCUUCCCCUGCGGGAUGUAUACAAAAUUGGUGGCAUCGGAACGGUUCCAGUCGGCCGUGUUGAAACUGGCGUUUUAAAAACUGAUACCGUUGUUGUCUUUGCUCCAAUUGAUUUGAAGAGCCUAGUGAAAUCCUUUGAAACGCCCCGUGCGAAUAUGCAGCAAGCUACCCCCGGAGACGUUGUUGGUUUUAGUGUUAAGGAUACAUUGGUCCAGGAUUUACGCCGCGGUUAUGUAGCAGGAGACAGUAAGAAUAAUCCUCCUAAGGAAGCUGUUGAUUUCACUGCUCAGAUCAUUGUAUUGAACCAUCCGGGUAAAAUUAUGAUUGGAUACACGCCAGUGUUGGAAUGUCACACCGCUAGUACUGCCUGUAAGUUCGCAGAGAUCAGAGCGAAGAUUGAUCGUCGUUCCGGGAGAAUAUUGGAAGAGAAACCAAAAGCGAUCAGGUCCGGUGAUGCCGCAAUUGUAACCCUGGUCCCGUCGAAACCAUUGUGUGUGGAGUCGUUUCAGGAGUUUCCUGCUCUAGGGAGAUUCGUUGUUCGUGAUUUGAGACAAAUCGUCGCGGUCGGUGUCGUCCAGUCGGUUAACUUUAAGCAUACUCAAAAGUGAUGGAAAGUUAAAAAAUAAUCAUCUAUGAGUAAUAUGUUAACAAAUAAAAGUUUAGUUUUAAAUACUUGCAAAGGUAUUAAAAAGGAAGAAUUUGGGGGGAAAAGUGCAUUUUUUUUAAAUGUUGCAUAAAAACUGAUUUUUUAAAGGCCUAUUUUUGUUCCAGUUUUUAUUCUCCCCCGAUAUCAUUAGUGCAUGUGAU